AUUUGGGUUUCUAUUUCUGUGAAUAAUUAUGAGGGAAGAAGACUCAAAUUGGUUCUCCAGAUGGGAGGAAGAGCUGCCAUCCCCGGAGGAGCUUAUGCCUCUUUCCCAAUCCCUAAUUACUCCUGAUCUUGCUCUCGCCUUCGAUAUUCGCAAUCCCAACCAUGCCCAACACCAACAGCCUCCUCCUCCUCCGCCUUCCUCGGCUCUACAGCCCCCUUCUCAACCCUCCUUGUCCGAAUUUGCCGCCGAUUCCGGGGACCUGGGAUCCGGGGCAGCCGGAGAUGAGCACGCGCGCACUCUCAAACGGCCUCGCCUAGUGUGGACCCCGCAGCUCCACAAGAGAUUCGUUGACGCCGUGGCUCAUUUGGGGAUCAAGAACGCUGUCCCCAAGACCAUAAUGCAGUUGAUGAGUGUCGAUGGCUUGACUAGAGAAAACGUUGCGAGUCAUUUGCAAAAGUAUCGCCUUUAUUUGAAGAGAAUGCAAGACUUGUCUGGUGGUAGUGGAGGCGGUGCCAACGGCGGAUCUGGUGGUGCCGGAUUAGGGGCCUCGACUGAUCCAGCGACGGACCAUUUGUUUGCAAGCUCACCGGUUCCACCACACUUUCCUCAUCCUGGUCUGGCUAAUUCAGAGCAUUUCUUACCCUUCGUGCCAGUGCCAGCGCUGCAGCAUCACCAUCAUCACCAGCAACAGCAAAUGGCGGCGGCCGCUGUAGGGCAUCCUCAUUUGCAGUCUCAAUAUCAUCGGCCACAACAAAUGGGGCUUUACGGGUCAUCUCCAAAUAGCCAAUUCGAGCAUCCUUUCUUAGGCAGGCACACGCAGCAGCCAAUGCACAGGAUGGGAGGGACGCCAGGGCAUAAUCAAGCCCCCAGUAGUUAUGUGGAAGAUUUGGAAUCUGCUAAUGGGAAUGGUGGAAGGAAGGUUCUUACAUUAUUUCCUACUGGGGACGAUUGAUUUAAAACUUUGGUACUGUACUUAAUCUGU